GACUUGAAGGAAAUUGAUCAACAGGUCGAGAGAAAGGAAAAGAAAUUCAAUUAUUUUUGAGGAUCCUGGCCACAUUUCCUCUUGAUCAUUCUACUAUGCAGAGGUAACAACCUAUUAGUAUUUUAGUAAGUAAAAGCAUCGCGGGUAAUUGAUUGAUGAAACUUCGGAGCAAAACAUUGAAGCCACGCUUGAGACUUCAUUAAAGUCAAUCACUGUCGCUGGCAGACUUCAAACAUGAAACGCUGAGGAGUGGCAGUGGAGAUGAGUAACUCCGACACCCACAUACCUGUGGUCAAGGAGGGGUAUCUCUGGAAAAGGGGAGAGCACAUUAAGAAUUGGAGGAAGCGAUAUUUUAUACUGCGACAGGAUGGGUCAUUCCUUGGUUACAGGACCAAGCCUGAACAUGGACUGGGGGACCCCCUCAAUGACUUCACCGUCAGAGACAGUCAGCUGAUGAAGCAGGAAAAGCCCAAGCCCAACACAUUCAUCAUCCGUGGUCUGCAAUGGACCGUGAUCGUAGAGCGAAUGUUUUAUGUGGAGAGUAAUGAAGAACGAGAGGACUGGAUUGCAGCCAUUCGUUCUGUGGCAGAAAAUCUCAAAGUCACAGAAGAAGAGGGAGGGACACUGGAAAAAGAGAAGAAGAAAUCUCUGGAUGAUUUUGAAUUCCUAAAAGUCCUUGGAAAAGGCACAUUUGGCAAAGUGAUAUUGUGUAAGGAAAAGACGACCAAUCAUCUGUAUGCCAUCAAGAUUCUGAAGAAACAGGUUAUCAUUGCGAAGGAUGAAGUGGCACACACACUUACAGAAAACAGAGUUUUACAGACCACCAAACAUCCAUUUUUAACACAACUGAAGUACUCUUUCCAAACAACAGACAGACUCUGUUUUGUCAUGGAGUAUGUUAAUGGGGGAGAACUCUUUUUUCAUCUGUCACGAGAACGGAUAUUCAGUGAAGAUCGGACACGAUUUUAUGGAGCAGAAAUUAUUUCAGCGCUUGGAUAUUUGCAUGAAAAUAAUAUUGUAUAUCGGGAUCUCAAAUUGGAGAAUUUGUUACUGGAUAAGGAUGGACAUAUAAAGAUAGCAGACUUUGGACUAUGUAAGGAGGAGAUGUAUUACGGAGCAAGCACCAAGACUUUCUGUGGAACUCCAGAGUACCUGGCACCGGAGGUGCUGGAGGACAAUGACUAUGGCCGAGCUGUGGACUGGUGGGGUACUGGUGUAGUGAUGUAUGAAAUGAUGUGUGGCAGAUUACCAUUUUAUAAUCGUGAUCAUGACAUUUUGUUUGAACUUAUUUUGCUACAACAAGUGAAGUUUCCUCGGACAUUGUCAGAAGACGCUACCUCUCUGUUGUCAGGUCUGCUGGUCAAGGAUCCCAAACAAAGGUUGGGGGGAACAGAAGAUGAUGUUAAAGUCAUAAUGGCCCAUCCAUUCUUCAAAAGUGUCAACUGGCAAGACCUUCAGGAUAAAAAGCUUCAGCCUCCAUGGAAACCAGAUGUGAAGAGUGCAUGGGACACAAAGUACAUCCCGGAUGAAUUUGCGCGCGAGAUCACGUUUUUAACACCGCCUGGUCAGGAACAUUUGUCGGAGAGCAUGAGACAUGAGCUAGACGCCAUUGACGAGGAAGGUGAACUGCCUUACUUUGAGCAGUUUUCAUUUCAUGGAAACAGUACCAAAAGUUUUGGUGGUUACUUGAGUGAGUCAGUGAGACACACUGAUGAAUUGUUCUAAAGUACCGGUGGACUGGAUUUUCAAAGCAUACUCACAGGGUCAUGAGACAAGGGGAGGAGUUAUAUGAUCAUGUGACCAAGAGAACUGUACAGAAUGGUAGAUUAAUGCAAUCUCAGUAUUAAGAUAGAGACCUAUUUUAUAAUUCUUGUCAUUCCUCAAAUUGAAUUUUGUUACCUGGGUCAUUCAGGUGACCAAUUGUGAUUGGUAGUUGUCUGUCGUGCAUUAACAUUUGAACUCAGUCAUCUUCUCUGUAAACACAUGGCCGUUUUUCAAUUUGGUAUGGAACAACGGGGGGGGGGGGGGGGGAUUAAAAUUGGGAAUUUGCACUGCAACCCCGAGGGUGCAAUCGUUAUAAAUCUUCUUCUCUACUAGGGGACACCAAACAGACAAACUGUGUGUAUAGUCAUGAUGAGUAAGGUUGUCUUUACCAAACUUGAGAAAUUCAUGGGUCAGGGGUUCUGGUGCUAGGGUGAGCUUUAUGGUUCAUACAAUGAACAUGCAGUAUUUCUUUAAAAAUCUUCUUUUUGACUUGGACAUCAUAAAAUGAAACUGAGUACAUAGUAAUGAAAAGAAUAGAAACCUUUAACAAAAUUGUGAAAUUCACGGUCCUUUGGGUCAGGGGUUCUGAUGCUAAAGUGGGGCUUUAUAGCUUUCUUAUUGAAAAUGUGUUAUUUUCUCCAUUAAAUUCAUCUGGACUUCAAACAAAACAAUGUAUACAAGACUAUAAAAAGCAUAUACUUGGCGCUCUGUCAAGCUUGUGAAAUUCCCUACCUUUGAGCCGGAGCUUCAGGCUUUAGGUAAAGGAAUCAUUCUCUUCAGUGAAUUGUGACAAAAUACUAUAUGGUUUAUGAAGAUUGUGGAAUUCAUGACCCAGGGACUAAUUAGUUGUUCAGGGAACAGCAAUCACAUAGUGAAAAUACAGGGCAUGAUUUUUUUUAAUGCUCUUUUACUCAUAAACAUUGAAAAAACUGAAUCUGGAAAGCUAAGGACACUGUACUCUCAUUUUAUGAAAAUAAUACUCUUUGUUUGAUUGAGCUGUCCAUUUAAAAAUUGUUGUAUGUUAGCUCAGGUGACCUUUAAGACCCAUGGGCCUCUUGGUUACUUCUAGAAAAUAAUGGUAUAUGUACUGUGUUUAAAAAAAAGGUGGUUUAUUGUAAUGAAGCUGUUGAUAUGGAAAGUCAUAGUCUUCUAUAUUGUCAGAAAGUAACGACAUUUGUUCAGUGUAAAGGGAAAGUAUUUUUGUUGAUGUAUUUUGUGUUGGGUGUGUAUUUCUGUUAUAACUGUCAGAUAUUGUCAUUGGUGCGAUGUUGCGCUAGCAAUUAGAAGUUAUUUUGAUGAUUUCUGAGUUGGGCAUGAAGGUUUUUUUUCUUCUGAAAGGAUAACAUACUAUGGGAAUUGUACAGAAAAUCAUGAAUAAUUUUUUAUGUAUGAGAUUUAGCUUAGGAAUUAUGAAUAUGUAUGAAUGCAUUAGGAUGUAGAAUAGGUGUCAUAAUUUCAACUGGUAUGUAUAAUUUCAACUGGUACAUGUAUGUAUGAUUUGCGUAGUAUUAUAUGCUUUGGUGAGGUUUUGUAGGAACAUAUUCUGAUGGCUACUUGCAUCGAAGUCUGUAACACAAGAUUUAACUUGAACCAUAAUAAUGAUGCUCAUCAAAACGUUACAAAUUUAAACUUCACACUUUACAGGAUCUGAAGAAUCGUAAUCUUCUCUAUUACAGUCAUAUUCAAUCUAGAUUUAAUAGUCUUAACAUAUGUAGAAAUUAUUUUACUCUUGCGUUUAUAUAAUCUGAAAACAAGCCCUAGUCAUCAGUUUUUUUGAUAGUCACUUAUGAACAAGGUCAACAGAUUUAACAGGUGUAUAUACAAAUGUCAGCUGAAGUUUUUUGUACAUAUUCAAUGUAGACUAAUAUAUAAUGGUGGUGCUGAAGUUUGCCUCCCAAUAUCUAACAGAGGAGGUCGGGGAAUUUUAUGAAGAAACGUCUCAGAAAUAAGGUGCCAUUACUUUUAAAAGACAAAUAUCAUGUUUCUUUAAUGCACUGAACACAAACAUGUCUUAGAAAAGAAGGACUCAAGAAGUCUCUCGGUGAUAAAUAUAUAUAGUAUGACUAUAUCUGGUAGUUUUGAAAGUACUUAUCUUCGGUACGAUUUACCCCUUUGUCAUCUUCAUAAGUCAGAGAGAUUUGUACAGGCAUGACCUUAGCAAAAUUAAACUGGUUCACUAUAGACUUGGGUAGCCAGGAACCAGAGCAUCAUGGAUGUCCUUUGUUAUGUGUUCAUUCUCAAAAGUUUUCAACUGCAGGUUCACACUUGGUGGACUUUUGCUGUAUGAAUUUGAGUUUGUGCACUUUUUGUUGACGUCCAACAUCUAGUUUUAUACGUGUUAGAAUGUUCAUGGUCCACAUUGUAGCACACAGAAGUUAAAUAAUGAAUAUUUUUUUAAUGUGUUAUAAAAUAUUGUUUUGGAAUUGUUUAUUAUAGGGGUUUUAGAGUUUCUUUUUUUAAUGAGGAAUUGAAAGUCAUUUGUUCCCAAACACAUAUUUUACAGACUUGUUUUGUUUUUUGAUGACUGCAAUAAUCCUACUGAUAUCAGGACAACAGAAGGCUUCUUCCUGAUGUGGGACAAUGUGUGUACGAUGUCUAUAUCUGGUUGAUUAUUUCUCUGCAAACUGAGAUUAAUGUUUAAUAAUCUAUGUAAAUCAUGUGUAAUUAAGAAAUCCCUUUUUAUAUAGAUAGGUUCUAUUGUGUUUUUAUGUUGUUCAAAAUCUUUAUUAGAUUGGUCUUAUUUCUUCAACAAUUAAAUCCCGCAAAUUCUUCUACAAUUUAUAAAUGUUUGUACAUCACAGGCCAUGUAAUGUUCAGUAUCUGUAGCACCGUUUAUUCCACCAUUUUACAGUUUUACGUUGGCGUUUUUAAGCCUCUCGAUUUUAGACCCCAGUUUUUACACCUUGUUGAUAUCUAUUUUUAUCUCUGACAGCUUUAACAAUAGCACAUACGAGGUUCUUCCAAGGAGUCGUUACUGAUAAGGACCAAUGUUAUAAUGUUGUGUGUUAAGUACCAUUAAAGUUGUUCUCAAAAUUG